AUGAUCAUCACCUUUGCAAUAUCGGAAACAACCAAUUUGGAGUACUGGAUACUCUUUCAAACCUUCACGUUCAUUUCAACUUUUGGCCCUACUGUGACUCGAGACGUUAUGAUGUUCCGCCUUUACCAAUUACUGUCAUUCUCUAUACUCUUGUUUGGCUUCUCUCUGGCUAUUCCGAUCGAUCGAGACUUGCUAUUGUCGGAAACCAGUGGCGAUAAUAGAAGUUAUGAUAUCAAAAGGUCCCUUUGUAAUACUCUGGGCUCUCUACAGGGCGGGUCGUCCGGUUUGGUAAUGGGCAUUCAACGAAUUGAAAUUCGUUCAGGGUGUAUCACUCCCAAAUAUCAUUAUGUGCAUCUGUCUGAUAGUAUACCCCCGAACGACUCCCAAGUUCAUAAGUUGCAUUUUUCCGCUUUUCUCUCCUUGAGGCCUCUGCAUCGAUGA